AUGGAUGUGGGCAACCCGGACAUAAUAAAUUUCAGUGCAAGAACAGACAAAAGAAGGUACUCAGCAAAGCAACAAGUAGAAGAAACAACAACAGAUGUCAACAACAAAGCAACAGAUGUCAACAACAAAGCAACAGAUGUAUGUCACGAUACAACGAAGGGAAGAGAAUUAGAGGAAGACGUAGGACUAGAAUUAGUUAAGAAAGAAACAGAGGAUAAACUCGGGACAGAUGGCUGGAGGAUGUGGAGGACGGUCUAUGAUGGCUGGGUGUUAGAAGAUGGAAAGAGACAGCAUAGGAUCAUGCAGAUUGGAUGGAUGUAG